AUGUGUCUUCACUGCUAUCAUUGCUCAAGUGUAGACACAGCCAAGACUCAACCAGGACUUAGUCAUGACGCACCAAGGCCACAUCCAUUAAGGAUACAGUCAAGUCAAGUUCCCAAAAUUGUCUGUCAUUUCAUAGAAAAUGUUGAGAACCUUAGAAGUUUUUUCUUUCCUCCUUUCUCCUUACAAAGCGAUUUUGAUUGA